AUGGGCACACAACCCAACAAUGGUCAUCAACUCUCCAAUGUUGUUAGACUUACUGAUUCUAUUGGUGCCCUUUGGUGUGUGAGACUGGAAAAGGUGGAGGAGUCUCUUUGGUUUAAUGACGGCUGGGAGAAGUUUGUUGAUGACCAUUCUGUCCGUUAUGGCUACUUUUUACUCUUCAAAUACUUUUUACUUUCUGGAAAUUCAAAUUUUAAUGUUAAUGUAUUUGACUUGACAGCCACUGAGGUUUACUAUCCGCCAAAAUGUUUAGAUCCCUUCACUGGUAAACCAUUGAUUCCCCCUAUAAUGGAAGAGCACAGUGAUGAUGACUCUGUUAAAAUACUAUCUUCCAUCGGUGGCAAACCAGUGGCCUGCCCCUCUAGAAAUGAAUUCAUGGGUAAUGCAACUUGUGAUCAUCAGACCAUGUAUGAGUUGUCUUUUUCUUCAACUGAAUUUGCCCAUAGAGUCAAAGGAGAUAAGGUAAAUUCAGCCGAGACAUCGAAAUAUCGGCAUCGUUAUCUAACAUGA